AUGAAGUACGACAAGCGAUUUCUGCUGCUAGCCCUCCUCUGCCUGGGCAUGUGCUUGGCCCUGGUGGUCGGCCAGGAGCUGGACGAUAUUUCCGAGGGCGAAGAGGACAGUGGCUCCUCCACCGAUGUGGGUGGUGCCGAUCAGUCGGGUGGAGACAACGGCACAGAUGUGACAGACGAUGGUGGCAGCAGCUCCGAUGUGGACGAUGGCUCUGCGGAUGGGGAAGACUAUUCGGAGGCAGCUCCUCCACCGCCACCACCACCGCCGCCCAAGAAGAAGAACAACAACAGGAAGAAGGCUGGCAACAGACGCGGCAACAGCAACAAAGCCAACAACAAGAAGACCGCUGCCCGGAAGCGCAACAACAGCAGCGCCAGGAAGACCAACAACAACAACAGAAGGAGUGCUGCUCGUGCCACCAGCAACAACAAUAGGAUCAAACGUCGCGCCAACAACAACGCCAGAAGAACCCGGGGUUAG